GCAACUAUGAUAACAUCAAUAUUAUGGAUGAGCAAUCAUUAUGUACAAAUGUCGAGCGCUUAAAAUAAAAUAUACUACCGAAAACUUGUGUGAUUUAGAGCAAUUUUCCUUUUGUUAAUCUGGCCUUACAAAACUUGCUAUGAUGCUUUUUUAAUUUAAAAAUACUAAAGUGGACGUAAUAAUACAAUGCAGCCAGACUGGUAGGCCAAAAAAAAGGCUUGACCUAUACCGAUUAUUAUUAUUAAGUAAGCAAAGAAAGGCUAGGCUAAGUCAUCUAGAUUCUGGUACUGGUACUGGACUAGAAAAAGCUAAGAAGUACCAAGUGUUAAGGCCAAGUAUAUAAUUAUACGUUAUAUAGCCUAUUACAAGUUGGCUACAGAAAUAGUCAAUAAUUUCACAGUGUCACAGUGCUCACUUGUCACUAGUAAACUACUGUAAACCAUUCAGAAACAAAUUUAAAAUUUUAAUGGACUAGCCACUCUCACUCAUAGUGGCUUUGAACUUUGGUGUUAAGUUCUCUCUCUAACUGUAAGUGAAAAAGAUAAUUUGUCUUUUUGAAAGGUAACAUUCAAUUUAAUUAUGAGUGUGGGCAUGCCUUGGCUGGUUGGUAUUAUUAAUAGCUUUAGUUUUAGUUUUGCUAAAAACUUCUGGCCUUUGCACUUAGUUCAGGGGUGUAGGACACUGUUCUGAAAACAAGAGGGUGAGCUGCAUGGAAAAAUAGUUAAAACCCCUAUUUCAGAUCCUAUAAUUACUAUCAAUUUAACAGCUUAUUAUAUUAGCCUUAAUUAGUGUUAUCACUAAGGUCACUUAGGUAAAGCUGAAAGUGUGGUUAAUAAAAAUGUAUAACUAAUUUUAACCUUUUUUCUCAGAUAUCAAAAUUCUGUAUUUAAUAGUGGGUAAAGACUUAGAUUUAGGUGAAGGCCUAACUAAUAUAUAAAAUAAAAUAUAGUAGACUUUGUUCAAGGGUUGAUUUAAAGUGGACAAAAUGAAAUUGGCUUGAUGGGUAUAAUGAUCCUGAAAACAAUAAUUUAAAAAAAAAUCAAUUUAAUUCAAAAGUAAUAAUUAUAUUUAACAGAAAAUUAUGUAGGACAUUUGUAUAACUGAAAUAAACUUGAUAUAUAUACAUUUACUUAGAAUCAUAGAAUAAGUGAAACUACCUUUUUAGAGUUAAGGUCAUGGCACACAACCUUUUCUUAGAAAUUAUAAAAAGAAGACAAGCAAAUAAAUUGAAGAAACAAAAUUUGAUGCACUAUCAAAUCACUCCUUUUAUUCAUUGAUAUUUUUUUUACAUCUGUGAUUCAUGAAUUUAUUAAAAUCCAAAAAUAUAUGUGUUUUCUGUAAAAUUAUAUGUAAGGUAAAAUCCCAAUAAUGCCUUUGAAUAAAUAUAAAUGUAAGUUAUUUAAACAAAGUUGGUAUCUUUAAGAUUAACCCAGCAUUUUUUCUUUUGUCUUUAAUUAUUAUAUUGAAAUCAGCUUGUUAAUUUUGUUCCCAUAUUAAAAUAGGUUGAGAAGUUAUAAUUAACAGCUCAAUGGAACAUACAGAGGCAGAGAAAGUCAUGGACUUUGAUGAACGGGACACUGGUAAUGCUGUGCAUCACUCAAGUUCAAAUAAUUUAAAACAAGGUUAUAAAAAAAGUAUAGAUGAUGCAAAUAAUGCCUUAAAACAUGGAAAGAAAUGGUCAAGAACGCUAAAAAAACAUAGAGCAAAACAUCCACCAAAAUUAGGUGGAUUUGAGAAAAGGUAAAUAUAAAGGAUUACCCGCGAUAUGAUUAUAUCUAAUGAUUUUUAAAUAGAAAUAUUUUUUCUUAAAUAUUAUUAAAUCAUUUUUAGAUGGUUAUUUUGAUUUUUUAACUUUUCAGAUACUCAAUUUUAUCUCAGCAGAAGAAACUUGUUCCAGAACGUAAGCGUAUCGACUUUGUACUUGUUUACCCCAGGUCUGAAGAAACUGAACCUAAAACUCAACAUGAAAAAAAUAGAGAAAGGUUUUAAAAAUUUGACUCAAAUAAAUUGUUAAAAUAUCAUCUCUUUAUAUAAAUAAGAUAUUUUUAUUCAAUUUUGUGCUAAAAAAAUUAAAACGCAAAAUUAAAAAUGAUUGAUGUUUAAACAGAUAUUUAUUUGAAAGAAAUUAUUCUUAAACCACAUAAAUUAGCUUUAAAUCAAAGCACUUCAUGAAACUUUUUUUAGAUUGAUGGCAUUGUGAUAUUUAAAGUAACAAAUAAAAAAAAAAAUUUUUAAUUUCCUAAAAAUAGGUUUGAAACUCUUCUUAAAAAUGAGGGAUUCUGUAUACAGAAAGAUGAAAUUGGAAAGGAAGUAUUUGUCAAACUCCAUUGCCCUUUCAAGAGACUCUGCUAUGAGGCAGAGAAAGUGAAACUAGAAAUGGCCUUAAAAGAUGUAAAUGGCAUUUCUUUUAUGGGAGACCCUUAUUCUUGGUGUAAAACUAGACUUUCAGUAGGGGCGGGAGGGGCAUUCAUAAAGUUUGUCAUACUCUGGAGGGGGAAGAGGGGGCCUCAGUAAGUGUGAAAUUUUGUGACAGCGUUGGGGUCUAAAGAUCAUAUGUGACAUCAAACAUUUUUUAAACAUGAAAAACCUGAAAUUAACAUUGAUGUUGGGCUUUCUUUUGUGAUUGAUGUAGUCAUUUUAAUAACAUGAAAGUGCUUUGGAGUUAAAAUUGCCUAAAUUGAAUAGUUUGAUAGUGAAGUAUGUCGUAGAUUAAAUUGUAAAUAGGUGUUAAUUUUUUAAUUUUUUUUUAGUUAAAAAAUGUUACACAUACAUUAUGGACAGCGAUAGGCCCAUUUUUUUAAAAAUAUGUGUCUAAGGUCAAUUGGAACAUUUUUUUUUAUUCUCUAAAAAUGUAUAGGUUUAAAUCAAAUUAUUUUCAGUGUGCAAUACCACAAAACCCCCCUGAAGGCUGGCUGAGAGAGUUUGUUGUCAAGCAUUUUGACACAGAUAAUGAAGGUAGUGUUAAUUUUCAGCAAUGUCACUAAAUUUAAAUAACUUUUUUGUGCAACAAAGAAAUCAAAUUAAGAUUUUACAUGACAAGGCUAAGGGGCUCCAGAAAAUGUGUUAAUUUAAACAAAGCCUCAUUUUAAUAUUAACAUUUUGUAUCCCAAGUACACAUAAUUUUUGCCACAUGAUUAAUACAGCUAUCUGUGCUUAUCAAGACAAUAAACUUAUUUGUUAAUGUUUAUUGCCUUUUUUUUUUACUUAGUAAUCAUGUGACAUCAAAGUUAAUAAUAAAAAUAAAAAAAAGAAUUAAAAAAAGAAUGCACAAAGUUUGAGCAAGGAAAAUUUAUCAAAUACCAAUUACAACAUAUAUUUAAAUGACUCAGAAGCUGAGCGUUUUUUCAUUUAACCAACAUACAGUUUAGUUCAUGUUAUAACUUUAAAAAAAAAAAAAAAAUCAUCUAUAUAUUUAGAUGAUGCUAACAUUUUAUUAUAUGCUGCUGAAAUUUUAGCAAAUUUAAAAUAAUUUUGCAUAUUGAGAUGAAAUAAUGGUAAUACUAAUAGUAACAAUAGUUGAAGAGGUUGGAAAAUAAAACGGACCAAUUUGUAUAUCUUUAUUUCUAUUAAGGCAUCAACUAUAACAUUACAUACAUUUCUUCAUUGCAAAAAAUAAAUGAAAAUAUUAAUAUUUGACACAUACUGGACAUGCAUUACUAUUUUUGUAAAAUAUCAAUUUUAAAAAAUUCAGCAACAAAUUUUUUAUUUUCAUAGUAUUCAAAAUAUAGGAGAGGCUAGUAUGCUGCAAACAAUAACAUUUCAAUGUUUCAUUUUCCUAAAUUUAAACAGUUAUUUAUUAAAAAAAUAACCUAUGGCACAAUCUUUAUAAUAUAAAUAUAAUUAUUUUAUUUCUAAUAUUUCAGUGUCAGAUUUUGUUAGUGCUCCUUUUUAUGUGAACAAAAUUGAACUGUACGACGGACAUGAAAACCCUGAAAAGUUUUUUAGACCGUCGAUUCGAUCCCUGCUUGUAAGUGUAAUAGCCUUUAAUUAAGUUUUAUGAUAAUCUGUUUACCAAACUGUUGUAAUUAUUAUUACUAUAUCAAUAUCAAAGUUGUCUUAUAUAGCGGGGUACCCCAGCCUAGGGCUAUGCUCACUGCUCUUACAUAAUAAUAAGCAAAAAGAAAAAAACAAAAGAAACAUGAAAUUAAAAACCAGUUACAUAAAAUUAUUCAUUUGAAACAGCUAUGUAAUAAUAUUGACCUUGCCAAUCCAAGUACUAUUGACCCCUGUCUAGCCAUGGACAGGCACCCAGCAGCAUCAAGCAUUGUUUAUCGGUCAGAGGGUGUGAGAAUUUGCCAAAAUGAUAGACAUCUAAUAAUUCUAAUUUGUGUUAAAACCUAGGAAACUUUUAUAGGCUUGCCAUUACAAAAUCAAACUUUAUAAGAACCUAUAUUUUUUUUAAAAUGGGUGCAUUUACUUUAAAGGUUUUAUUGUAAAAAUUAUCCAACAUCUAGAUGACUACUAGUGUUACAGUAAAAAAAAAAGAAAUUUGAUGGAUUCCAAUGCUGUUUCUUUUCAUUUUUAUAUUUUGGCUACAACAGUGAAACUCUACUCAAGCAUUUUAGAUUUAGUGUACAGUGUCAUGAUAAUUGGUAAAGUCUCUCUUAUCAAACCUUGCCAUAUGAACUGAUUAUUAUUUAUUUUUAUAUCUCAAAACAAUGCAUGUAAGUGAAACAUUAUAUUUAAGUUUAAAUUAAAAAUCAAAUUACAAAUUUAAGACAUUUCAGCUAAAACAUUAAUAAGUAUGACAACCUAAAUAUUUCAUGAAGAAAAAUUAUAUUUUACACAUCAUAUUAUAAAACCUAUCAAAGGAAAAAAGGGACAAGAAAAAAAAAGUGGGGAAAUGCUGAAAAGAAAUUAUCUAUUUAAAAACAUAUAGAUAUGAUAAAUAUUAAUUAAAAAACUUGAAAGCUUAAUUAUACUGUUUUACUUACUUACUUACAUAAGUUGUUUGUGUUUUACUAAUCUAUUCAAUUUUUUUUUUAGUCAAAGAUCCUAAUUAUCAAUAAAAGUUUGUAUGUGAAAUAAUUAACUUGGCUUCCACAAUUUUACUAUAAGAAGGUCUAACACUCAUCUAAAGAAUGUAACACCAAGAAACUAAUGUACAUACAAAUCAAGUCAAGUUAUUCAGGAUCUUAUUGGAUCUUUAUAAAAAAGAAAAUAAGUUAAGUUAGAGACUGAAGAUAAAAUUUGGAAAACCUUACAAGACAUAAUGUUACUUAUUUAAGCCUCAGCUUUAAAACCAGUAGCAUAAUGAUCAUGAUAAAAAAAAAUGUUAUGCUUGAUGUCAACAUGGGAACUAUCAUUACAGGUUGUUGAUAGUUGAGAUAUAUUACUGUGUCACAUUCAGCUGAUAACACACAUAAUUAUUGUCAUAAUAAUGAAAUAUUCUAAACUUAACAUUCAUUUAUAUUUAAAAAAUUAGGUUCAUCAUAUUCUCAUUAACACUGACACAAGAACUGCUGCAGAGGUGGCAGAAGAUGAAGAGAGUGAAGUAGGAAAUCCCAAUACUGGCAAAUGUGCUGAGUUCUGCAAAGGUCUUUUUUGUUGUUGCAAAGAAAAGACUAAUGGGAAAGAUGUUUUAAACAGUGUCUCUCUCAAAAGAAAAGGUUUGUAGAAUUUGAGAACUUUAUUUUGAAGCCUCUGUCCAGCAUAAAUGAUAUUCGACACCCCUAGUCAGUGCCUCUUGAAUUCUGGUUUAAGACCUCUCACUAUUAACACAUGCUUAUUUUCAGUGGUGAAAUCAUUAGUUGUAAAAACUGUUAUUAUUGUUUUUCUUAUGUUUUAUGUUGUUUAGGAUUGCAGUACUUGCUGAUGAAAAAAAGUUACACAGACUCAUUUGUUCUUCAUGAAGAAUCUGCCUUAUCCAAAGACAUAGACCCUUCAUACAACUAUAUAACCAAUGAAAAGGAUGGUGAUAUCAGCAUGGAUGCUUCCAAUGCAAAUAUAUGGCCUGCGCCAAAUGAAGACCCUCGUAAGCUUUUGCAAGAGAGGUGGACAGAUUUUGCCAAAUUUCAACCAAUGUGGCAUAUAAGGAAUUAUUUUGGAGAGAAAAUUGCAUUUUAUUUCGCCUGGACAGGCAUGCUCAUAACAACAUUAUGGAUCCCCAUGUUGUUUGGAAUUGCUGUUUUCAUUUAUGGCUUGGUUGGAAGGUAAGCAUGGAUUCGUUUUUAGAUAAAAUAGAGAUGUGUUGUAGGCCUACUAACCUUUUUAUAAAAGAAUUGUUUGCACAAACUAAAAUUUUCAAUCCUCCCCAUUGAGAAAUGUUUGGCAAACUUUUCUAUACUCCUCACCCCAUACAAAUCAUUUGACAAAUCUUACACCUCUUACAAAUAGUUUACUAAGUUUCGCACCCCCAACAAAAGUAACAAUAUAUUUUAAAAUUUGAAAUUAAAGGACUUAAAAUUUAUUACAGAAUAGCAAAGAGAUGUGUGGAAUAUAAACAUGUGAUUAAUUACAUUAAGGAAAAUGUUAAUGAAGCAAUGUAUAUAAACAUUUAUAUGAUAGCUUAAUUAACACAAGGUAAUGUCUCCUCAGUAUUUUAAAUGUCUUUUCCUUACACCCCCUGAAAUGACAGCACUCCAGGUAUGGAAAACCAUCUGUAGAAUAUUAUUUGCUGAAUAUCUAUUCAUUUCAACUAAAAUAAAAUAUAGUGUUAAUAAUAUUGUGAGUUCAAAAUUAAUAGUUAUAGUGAGGGAGCUAUACAGCAGAAAGAUCUGGUGGUAAUAUUUCUUUAUACAUAAGAUAUGUAUAGCAAUAUUAUGAAAAAAAUUUAAUAAAGGUGAGAAAGUUCAAAUUACUCUUGUCCAUUAUAUUUCUAAUUUUAGAUUAUCAUACAUUUCUUUAUAUUUUAUUUAGCGUGUCUGACAACUUGAAAGCACAAAAUUCAACAAAGUAAGUUCAAGUAUUCAAGUAUCUAGUUUAAAUUAUUUGAAAGUGAAUUUGGAGCAAUCGAAGAUUUGAUUUUAUAGGUUUUGUAAGUAAUCAGCAUCGCAAAUAUUUUUUUUAACGAAACCUAAGUGCAGUGAUAACUAUUCUCAACUUUUGUUUGAACUAUUGUUGAAAAUAGCUUAUAGAUAAUUAAAUAUGGUAUUGGUGAUGUCCCAUUUAACUUUUCUUCAAAUUGUGCAGGUUAAGUGAAAACUUGCUGGAUGUUUUAGGUGAUAUCAAAUUGGCAUUUGACAAUGACCUCACGCCAUUCUUUGCCUUAUUCAUUUGUAUUUGGGGUAAGUAGGGGCAAAAUUUAUUUUAACUAGCCUUUGGGGACAUUUACUAUUUAGCCCUAUUGACCUCUAAAUUCUCUCAUAGCUGCACAUAAGAAACUAUUUAAAUUUAAUUAGUUUUCUAGGAAUAUUGAUUAUUAUGCAUCAUGGUUUUUUUUAUUAGAGCUGAGCAUUUCACAGAUAACUUUAUUGAAUUAUCAUUCAUUUGCUAACACCAUUCAGUUAUUGAAUUUUUUAUUAACCUAAAAAGCACAAGGUUGACUAAUAUAAAGGCCCCAAAAAAAUCAAAUUAAGUUUAACUUCGUGAACUCAUUUGAAGGAGAAAAAAAAAAAUAAACAGUCAGUUAUUAUAUUAAAUUUUUUACUGGUUUCCACUUUGAGUAUACAAAUGCUGAUCAUGUUAAUUUUAUUAUUACUAUUUGGUUUAAUUUUAUUGUUAAUUAAUGUAAUCAAUGUCUAGCAAGGAUCAAAUUAUUAUUUAUUUGUAACAAAUUUUGUUUUAUCAAUAUUUUUUUUUUAAAUUAAAUGUAUAUCUGCCCAUUAAAGGCUGUUAAUAUCUUUUCAGGAACUAUUUUUCUGGAAGUCUGGAAGCGUCAAAACUCUACAUUAGCAUAUGAAUGGGAUGUAGACCAAUUCGAAACGUAUGAGCCAGAUAGACCACAGUUUUAUGGUACAAAGAUUAUGAAGGUGCCUGUCAAUGAGAAGAACUAGAUAUUUAAUUACAUACAUUUAUAAAAGAUUAUUUUCAAAUUAUUUUUUUACCAUAGAUCUAUAUAUCAUUUUAUUAUACAAAUAUCCUCAAUAACUUCUAUCUGCGUCUUACUGUGUAUCUUAGACUAUGAUGAUUGUUUUGGGCAGACUGGCCAUUUUUGGAACUAUUUAUCUAAUCUCAAUUAUGAUAAGAUAGUGGAUUUUAGUAUUAAAAUUUUAUUGUAAAUUUAACAAAUAAAAUAUAAAGGUAAGAUCUAGACAUAACUCAGCUAUUUAAUUUAAAGACAGUUUUUUUUUUAAUGCCUGCUCUAAUGUUGUGCAUGAAGUAUAUACACUUAUAAUUGCUUGCUAUGUUUACUAAUAAAACAAGCUUAAUUGGAUCCAUUUAAUUAUUAAGGAAUCUCAUAUGCUGCAAUAAAUGUACUGUGUAAGGAAUAACCAGAAAAUUAUAUGUGGCGUUGUCUGCCACUCUUUUACAAAACAAAGCGUUCACUACCCAAAACUGUCAUGGAAAUUGACAAAUGGGCUAGGUUACAACUACAUUGCAUGUAUGGCUUCUCUCCCACCACUUAGAAUACUUAGACUUUGAUAUAUGCUUUUUGUAUAAGUUCAAUAAUUUAUUUCUCAAGAACCCUAUGGUGUAUUAUGCUAGGUCAGGCUCCUGUUGUUGUUUAGCCUGCUGAUGUAAGAGUUAGGAGGAAAGUGCUCCUUUCGCAUUAGGAAUCAGAGACCCUGGUGUUGGUGACCCAGUUUCCACUAGGGGUCAGUUGUGCUAGGAUGUGGCAUGUUGGCAUUAAGCCUACACAUUUUACACAUUUGGCCUUCAUGUUGUUUAUCCGUAAACUUUGUCCUAAAAUAGUCCGCCAGCAAGUUUUUGACACAGAGGGAAGGGACUGGUGUUUCUAGCUGGGACUGUGCAGCCUUGAUAUUUUGCCAGUGUGUUCACUUGUUCUAUUUAUCGUCACAUUUAUUUUGCUUGAAACCCACUGUACUAUUACCUUCCUUCAGAUUUUCUCAAUCUUACCCAUGUAAUUCAUGAUGACGUCAACCUAGUGGGCGCACCCUUAUUUAAAUCUCAAGAGAAGAUCUUGAAUUGGAGAAAAUGACCGUAUCGAGCCCCACCAGUUCCCAGCUCUGAAGAGUACUGUGCAAACUCUCCAGUGCCACGUGAAUAACUACUACUAAAUCUAUCCAUUUUAUGUCCUUUUCUUUUUUAUUCCUUCACUUAUUAAUAUAAUUUUACUUUCCAGGAUCCAAUAACAUUAGACGAUACUUGGAUCUACCCAGCUUCAAAGCAAGUCAUAAAAUUUUUGGCAUCUGCCUCUGUUCUAAUAUUUAUGGUAAGACUGAUUUCACCUUUCGUGUUCCUGAUACAGAGAUUUUACCUUUUAAACAUUAACUAUUCUCUGAGAAUGAUGAGUGUUGAGAAGUGUAAAGCUGGAUUUCCUACAUUUUUUUAAUUUAUGAUUCAAAUGUUUCCUAUAGAUUAUUAAAUAAAAAAUAAUAGUACAUGCUGUAAAAGUAAGCAAUAAAUGUUCCUAAGUCUUGGGUCCAUGGUGCUUUUUGGAAUGUUAUGGUCCCGAUAUUUUUUUUUUGCUUUUUCAUUUAGUAUAUUUCUCCUAAUUAUUAGGCUACGUAUUGCAAAUUAUAUAAUGUAUAUAUAUAUAUAUAUAUAUAUAUAUAUAUAUAUAUAUAUAUAUAUAUAUAUAUAUUUAUUGCAAAUUAUAUAAUAUAUAUAUAUAUAUAUAUAUAUAUAUAUAUAUAUAUAUAUAUAUAUAUAUAUAUAUAUGUACAUUUAUUUAAUUAUGCUACAUUGUAUACAAAUUUAUUUAAGACAAGUCUUGUCUGCUGAAAUUGUUUUGCAUAAAACAGAGACAUUUUUGGGCUGAGCCUAGGAUUCAAAUUAUUAGCGAUGAAAAACAUAGCAAGAGCAAAAUAAUAAUUUCUUCAUCCACUUUGAUUCCUUUAAAUCAGGGGUCUCAAACUCAAAUGAUCUGGGGGCCGCAGGAGGUAGAGUCUGAGUUAGACUGGGCCGCAUCAAUUAUUCCCAAAAAAGCGAAUACAAAUUUAAUAAAGUACAAAUGUUACAAUCUGCUCAAUCUUUAUUAAUAACAAAUAAAAUCAUUAAGGGUUCGCAAGAACUAGGCUUCACUUUCUUCCUCCUAAAACUUGUUGCUAGAGACCUUGCAGCGCUUCUUCUUACACAACUGAGCACCGGUAAUAUUUGGCUUGAUCGAGGAAGCAACUGAGACCAUUAGAAUAGCUUGAAAUUGCUCAUUAGUAAGAUUGGCCAUGAACAUUUACUUGUUAAGGUUCAUAUUGGAAAUGAGCUUUUCACACAGAUAGGUACUCCCAAAAAAAGGCACAUGAUCCGCUUGAACAACCUGAAAAUCUCAGCAGGUUGAAGGCAAUGCUCUCAUAAAUUGUCUUGUUAUUUAAUUCAUCUCCCUGAAUUAUAAUUCCACUGAAGAUUAAUCACCUUCAUUCGAAGUGCUGGGGUGGGGGGAGCAAAUUCCAUAUUGAAGGAGAAAGUUCAGCAAAAGGUUGAAAAGUGGCUCUGUAUGAUUUGAAGUCUGAAAACAUGUGAUCAAAUUCUUCCUGUAGCUUAGCAAUCGCUUCAGUAUACUUACUACUGAAUGGUGUGCCGAGACCAUGAGUACUUAGUAUGUUGGGAAACGGCAGAGGUAUCUCUAAGAACCAUAACACAAGUUUUGUGCAGGAUGCCCUGACAUUGUCAUAGGCAACUCUGACAAACUACCCCUGGUCUUAUAACUUUUUGUUAAGUACAUUUAGCGCCUGUGUAAUGUCAACAAGAAAAGCCAAAUCCAUGCACCGUUUGGGAUUACUUAGUACAGGAACAACCACCCCAUCCUUCUCCAAGAAGGCUUUGAAGGCUAAAACAUGUUCAACAGUAGACAGGAGCAGGCCAUAUUUAUGAACUAUUGAUGCGAAGGAAGAUGCUAUUGUAGGGAGAAUGAAUUUUUAUUUUUCAUUGUAGAAAAGGCAUUUUUAACUAACCCUAUUUUGAAUGUGACCUAGCAGACAGGCUCGGAAUUUCCCUUACUCGUAAACACUAAUGGCUAUUUUAUUUGGGAUUCUUUGAUACUGUGUCAGAUUGCUACGAUCUACACAAUUAUGGUUGUGCAUUACCCACUUCCUGACUUUUCUCAAAACCGCACUUUGGCCGCCAUGUUUGUGUCAUAAAAUAAUAUAAAAUAAAAACUUUUAGUCCGAUUUAAAACAGUUUUACUAUUAUAACCAACGUCCAAAUCUAUACAAACAUAAUAAAAUUAGAAUUAGACUUUUUGGUGAGAUUCGACUGAAACCUCGCGGAGGGUCACAUUAUAGAUAUGAGAAUGGGGAGAAUGCCCGGGCCGCAUUAACAGUAAAAUUUGCUGUCAUGUAGCGGACUGCAAAAUAUCAUCUUGCGGGCCGCAAUAUAAAUAAUUCAUUAAAAAAAUAUUUUUCUUUAUGUUGUUUUUAUUCUUUCUCACUUACUUGUUAUAGUAGGUAAUUACUCUGAGCAGAAUUAUAAAACUUAUACUCUUAGUAGCAUUUAUAGAAUGGAUGAUUAAAGCUUUAUUUAUUUAUUGAAAAAUACCUACUUAAUAUAACUAUACCUUUAAACAUUUCAAUUUAUUCAAUUUUUUUAAAAUCUCUUUUGCAAAAUAAACUUUUAAUGAAAAUAAUUUAGUAACAAAAAGUUCAGAGAUCUUCUUAUUCCUUCGCUGCUUUGGCCGCUUGUGUGUGAAAACCAAUCUUAUCAUCGCAAUGAUAAAUAAUCAAACUAGUUGCAAAUGAUUUGUGUAAAAAAAAAUAUAUAUUUAAAUUACAGGUUGCUAUGGUGAUAAUAAGUGUUUUUGCUGUCAUUGUCUACCGAGUCAUUAUGAAUGUGGACUACUGCCCUAAUCUACCUAACAACCAAUGUUUUCUUCUUACAACUGUUGUUUCAUCUAUUCUAAAUGCACUUUCGAUGAUGAUACUCGAAUUGGUGAGUGUUAUCGAUUGUUAAAAAAAAAUCUGCUCAUACAACUCUGACUCAUGUUGAGUGCAGUAAUGGUUUUGGAAAUUUCUGGAGGUGUGACUUCAAUUGCAUAUGAUUCCAACCUAGUUUUAAUUGACAUGUAUUGUUAUUUCUUCAGGUUUAUAACAAGUUGGCUGUGGUUCUCACAAAUUGGGGUAAGCAUUUAAUGUAGCAGAAAAACCCCCACAUAAUUUAACCAAAAGGUUCAGCCUCUUAUUCCAUUCUUGUCCAUGCCCUAGUAAUAUCUGAAAACUUCCUCUAUAAAAUUAGUUGUUUUUUUUUAAUUUUAUCAAAUAUGGUCUAAGAGCAAUAGGAAUCGUUUUGAUGAACACUUUAUUUUAUCAAUUUCAGAAAAUCAUAGAACUCAGACCAGUUAUGAUGAUUCUCUUAUUAUCAAGAUGUUUGCUUUCAAAUUUGUGAACUGCAAUGCAUCUUGCUUUUACAUUGCCUUUGCACGAGGGGUAGGUUGUUGUUUGUGUGUAUGUAACUACUUAAAGGAAAAACUUGUAAAAACUAUAAACGGCUUGAAAAAUUAUAUUCCUACAGUUACUUUUAUUAGGGUGGGUUUUUUAUUCUAACAAUUAUAAUAAUAAGAGUCAAAUAACAUUGAUAUAAUUUGUAAUGUAGGCCUACUUAUUAUACGAAAUUGAACCAGUAUUUAUUUACAGAAAGUUAAUUUCAAGUUCUGGAAUCAAAAUAAAAUAUUUAUUGCCCAAUUUCUAAUGUCUUAUUUUUAGAUCUCACCUAAUAAACUAUUUUUAUGUAAAUAUGAACAUUAUCAAAUUUUUUGACAGAGUUUUGUUUAAAAGUCAAUAAAAUUAUUAUUUCCAAAAUGGGCUUGUUUUGAAUUAACAAAAUAAUAAUUUGCAUUAUUGAAUCUAUCCAAUUUCAGAAAGGAAGUCUCUUUGAAGCUCGCUAUGUAGACGACUGUGAAGGGUCUUGCAUGACACAAUUAUCUUUUCAAGUAAUGACACUCAUGAUCAUAAAACCACUACCAAAGUUCCUCAAGGAUCUUGCUUUGCCGUGAGAAAACAACUUUACCAUAAUUAGAAAAGAAAUUUUGUGAAAUACUUUUAUUACAAUUAUUUUUUAAAAAGCGAGAAAUUUCUUCUAUAGUACAAUAAUGUAAUUCAAAUUAACAAGCUUUAAACAUUGCGCAUGAAUUUUUAACUUUACUCAUGUUCAUGUUUUUAAUUAGUAGUACAAAAAUCUUUUCAGUUAAUUUUGAAAUUGUUUAAUUUUUCAAUACUUUUAUUAGGGCCAUCUUGAAGUUAUGGCAAAUGAGACCUCAGUGUCGCAUAUGCAAUUGCAUUCCCUUUUAUCGAAAGAAUCAAGUGAUGGUUGAAUCAAUAGAACAAACUAAAUAUCAGAGUCACCUCAAAUACCUUGAAAAGGAAAGACUAAAACCAGAUCUUAAUGACUUUACAUUGGCUGAGUACUUAGAGAAAGUCAUAUUAUAUGGCUAUCUUAUGGUGAGAUAUAAUACACUGAAAUCAUUUAGACCUUCUCUAUUUGUCUUUCAAUAAACCCUCUGUUAAGAUUAAAGUAAUUAAAAUCAUAUUUUACAGUGUAUCACUUAUUAAUUUUAUUGAUAAAAAUAAUAUUGUUUAAAGAAUAAUGUUUUGAUUUAAAAAGCUGAUUUUAUUAGCAUUUCUUAAAAAAUAUAUAAAUAAUUUUUGUGAGAUGCUAAUGACAAAAAUCAUUGCAGUGUUUACUUGAUCCUUUUUUUUUUUUUAAAUUCAAUAUUUGGGUAAUUUUUUAAUUUAUUUUAGACUUUGCACAAUCAUUAAAGUUAUUAUUAUUACUAUGAAUGAAAUAGUUUAGCAAAUUCAGAAAUGUUGCUGUUUGAUAAGAAUAUUUAAAAUGACAAAGCCAGAUAGAAUGACAAAAUAAUAAUAUUUCAGCUGUUUGCAUGUUCCUUCCCCCUGGCUCCUCUGUUUGCCCUUGUUGUGUGCUACAUUGACCUACGAAUAGAUGCAAAACGAUUACUCUGGUGGUACAGACGUCCCAUUGCCUACAUUGCAGCAGAUAUUGGUAUGGGUAAUUAAAAAUUUCAAGCAUGCUAGGAUUUUAACAGGAAUGAUCCAUUUAUAGCAUACGUUUUAUUUUAAGUUUAAGGAGCUCUACAUUAUUUAUGCUGACUAAUUUUCUUGAAAACUUAAAUCAUUCAUGUGGUUUCUUCUCAGGCAUGUGGCUUAACAUUCUGCAAUUUGUGAAUUGUGUUGGAGUAGUUACCAACUCAUUCAUUAUUGCUUUCACUUCAAGCUGGGCUUCUCAGUUUGACCUGCCCGGCAAGUUGUGGGUUGUCAUUGGUUUUGAGGUAGGUUUUAUUUUAACUUAAAAGGGCCAUCCAUUAAUGACAUCACACAUCUAGGAGUGGGGGGGGGGGUGGUGGGGUCCACAUAUUUUUGGCACCGUGUGACAAGGGAAUCUAACUUUUUUGUGGGAAGGGAAGGAAGGGGGGGGUGGAAGGAAAGGAAGGGGGGGGGGGGGAGAGAAAAAGAUUGUCUGAAAUAUUGUGACAUCAGUUAUGGAUGGUUCCCUACCAAAGUUUACUGCUUUAAUAUUAGCAUAACUUUUAUGUUUUUAUUACAUUUUAAGUCAAUUUAAAGCAGUUAGAUAAAUUGCUGAAAAUUGUGUCUUUUUAUUUAUAUAUAUAUUCAAAAUGUAGUUUUAGCUUAGGCGUAAGUGAUCAAUUACAAUAUUAAGGUGAAUACUUACAGGGUAACUUUGAUCUCUUACUUCCCUAGUCUAGGCCUACUUGUACCUUUUCAUACUCUAUAAGGGAUGUGCUAAUUCUUUUUAUGGCCCCUGCUAUUUUUUGUCAUCAUCUAUUUCAUCAAAACUGCUGUUGAAGAUAAAGUUUCCACCUUGCAGACAAGUUAAAUGGGAGUCAUAGAUCAAGUGUAAUCUUUUGAUGCUGUCCUUAAUUAUUCAACAGAUUUUUAAGUUUGAUAAGAACUGAGGAGAUGUUAAUCCAAAUGUACAAGUUAGCAGUCACUCCUAUCUGCUGUAGUUUAAAUAUUAAACCUGCCAUGUAUACUGUAUUGUAUUGGACUUUUCCAUACUGCUGUAUCUGAAUGUAAGAAAAUAGUGUAACUGUAUUUUGAUUUUGCCAAUCAUCCAUCUCAAGAGAGAAGAUUGUUGUUUUGCUGGAAGUGGUAAAUCCAGAAUACCCGUGAAGAGUAUUAAUUGGAAAAUAAGUUGUUUACCAUUCAGAGGAUCCCCGCCACAAAAAAAACAACAUUAAAUGGAUGAUAAAGCUUGCCAUAUAAUUGGUGCUAGUCCAUUACAUGUUGUAGAAGUGGAGUCUUGUAGAUGGAUUCUAUGCCUACUGUUAGGAGGACAGGAUUUCUUAAAGUUUUACUUCAAAAUUGUUUGAAUUAAAAUGAUAACAAAGUUGAUACUAUUUUCUAUUCUUAUUGCAAGAAAGCUACAAUUAAAAUAUUAUUUUUUUUAAAGGACAUUAACUGUUGCCUAUUUAUUUUACAUUUUAGCACAUAGUUUUUACCAUAAAAUUCCUUUUGGCUUACUUGAUACCUGAUGUACCGCAAGAUGUACAGUUGUCCUUGAGGAGGGUAAUUAUUUUAUUCAUUUAUAUCAUUGACAUCAUAUUUAAAUAUCAUUUUUAAAUGGAAGCUAUAUGCACAAUAGUUUUGAGGAUAAUUAUACUCUUCCAUUUCAAUUUAUGCUUUGUAUCUUUUACUUUAGCAUGAUAAUUGAAUUAUUUCAUCCACUUGCUAUCCAGCUACAUAUUUUUACCUCACAUUGGGAAAUGGCUUACAAACCCAAUCAGAAACAUCUAUUUGAGGUUUAAGCUUGUAUUUACUUUAAGCAUAGCAUUCUACAUGUCCAGUUUAAAGUUUUAAUUUGGGCAUUCUUUUUGUUCACUCACUGCUUUAAUUCUGUAGGGGCAGAAAAGUGUCUUUUUAACAGACCUUUAAUGGAUCUGCCAUUCUAUAGAACUGCCACUCUAUAGAAAGUAAUUUUUUUGUCUGGCAGAACGGAUUUCAAAAUAUGUAUUGUUAACAUUUCUAAUCGGGCAAUAAUAAAAAUGUUUAUAAGCACAAGACAUAGCAGACACCAUAAGUGUAUCUGCAAAGAUUCAUAUCAAACUAAAAACAUAACUUUUGAUAGGCCUACAUGUUUUUUGAUUUUACUGAUGAUUGUAAGAGUUGAUUGAUUUAUUUGGUUAGAAUGUCUUAUUGGUAAUGUUGUGGGAUUGAUCACCAUUCUGGACAAUUUUUUGUUAGUGUUGUUUCACAGCUAAUAAUUUUUACGUAAUUUAAAAACAAAACUCAAAAUAGCAAAAAGCUUCCACCCAAAAAACGUUGUUGUUUUUUGUUGCCUUUUUUCUUGUAAUAAUGUGGCUUUGUUACAACAACAAAAACUGUUAAAAUGUUACUAGAGAAAAGUUAAAUUCUCAUGAUAGGAAUUACAAAUGGAAAACUAUGAUGAUAAAAUGAUUAUUUAAACCAGAAUGAAAUGAAUAUAUAUUUUUUUAUAUUUUGCAGCAAAGUUACCUUGUCCAAAGAAAAAUUGACAAUGAAAAAGAAAAAGCUAGGCAAACAAUGAACUACAGUCAACUUUUUCCAAGGUACGUUUUUUUUUCUUGCUUUUAUAGUACUGGUACAUGCAAGACUCAGUUUCAAAUCUGACAAUCAAUAAACUUCUAAUUUUUUUUAGAUAAUUAUCAAAUGUCAUACAUAAAUAUCUAACAGAAUCUUCAGUGAAAAACCAUCAUCCAAAUAAUUGUUAUUCUCAGGUUGGAAUCAUCGAAGGAUGAAGAAGACAUUGCUCAUCAGAAGCGGACCAGCACUGACUCAGUUGAUCCAAUACUGUAAGUGUGCUGGGAUUCCCCUUAAAAAGUUGAUUUUAUUUCAGAAAAGUUAUAACUCAUACACUUCUGAGAUAUUUAUCAACCCCAAUAUAUGCACUAUUAUGCAAAUUGUAUUUAUAGCUAAGAUCAUAGUUCCAUAACACUUAACAGCUCUGAGAGACCGUUUAUGCAUAUUUACCAAUUUAUAUUAUUUUAAAAUGAUAUACAUUUAAGGUGUACCAGGACUACUACAUCAUUGUGGCAUAUGGUGUAUCCCAGAGAUUGUUGUUCAUUCACAUUGUUGACAUCUCAUUUUUAUGGAGUUUUUCUUUUUACACCUACAAAAAAAAAGAUAAGACUCCAAGUCUACAUCUCUGGCCCCCUGCUCUGAUGGCUCAUGCUCCGAUGGCUCCUGCUCUCACUUCAUUUUAAUUACAAGUCUCAUCUUAUAGACUCCAUUUUAUGAUAAACCUAUAGUCAAAUAGUGAUUUCAACAAAUCAUUAUUUCAUUCUUCUAGAAUGCAUGUCAACUGCUAGCCUUAAAUCUGCAAGACUAUUCAUUUGUGCACCCCCCCCCCCCCCAACCAUCAACAAAUCCCCAUUUACUUCCAUUGUUACGACCAGUAUCUCAAAAAGGUUAUACGUUUUUUUGACAAUUUUUUAGUUAGUGGAUAUUUUUCACUAUAUAAUUUUUUGUUUGUGAGAAUAAUCAGCUUGGUUUCUUAUGAUCUUCUGAUUAUUUUUUUCCCCUGAAAAUUUUAAUCUGGCAGCCAAGCUUCUUUCUAUCAGCCAGUUGAGAAGAUGUAUUUUUACUUUAUGGCCAUUCUCAAUAUUUCUGAUGUGAAGCUGCAUAUAAAAUCUUUAUGAUGCUAAGCUUUGAAUUUUCUUUUUUUAAAACUUAAAAUAGUGGGAUCAGUAGAAUCUAGAUGUACAGGUCAACAUGCAGGAAAAUAUACUGCCUGUCAUUAAUAUUUGCUACCACUUUGUUUUUCCUGCUAUUGCAGGUUCAAGAAAAAAAGUUUUCUUCUAAAUGUCAUGGAGCAGUUCACCAAAAGUGAUUGAAUAUUAAUGGACUUGAAACCACAAAAUAUUGUGUGUAAUGAGAAGAAAAAUUAAUUAAUGUUGAAAGGUGUUUGGAUUUAUAUAAAAAUAUUAGACACAUGAAUAUCACUGUCUGUAACAUCUAAAUAUUAUGUAAAUUUAAGGAGUUUUUAAAAAAAACAAGGUUGUUUCACUAGAAUAAAAUCAAGUAAAUCUUUUUUAAAUAAAAUCGACAUUUUUGAGCUGAUUUCCCAUUUAUUUAAAAAGCGUAGCAAAAAGCAAAAUGACAUCUUUUAAAAUAGCAUGCAAGUAAAUAAAAGUAAUUCCAUCCAUUGACUUUAUUCAACUACAUCCUAUUACAGAAUUUAGUUUAAUCUCAUUUUAUUCUUUUUUUUUUUUUAAUUUUAUUUUAUGCAGUGGAGUUCAUUUAUAGACAAAUGUGUGCAAUAUUUAAAUGGACAAUGAAUAAAAAAUAUAUAUAUAUUUGCACAGAUACUUUCAUAAAACCAUGUUAACAUGUAACUUCCUAUAAGCACUACUGGGAUAUAAUAAUUAAUUGUUCAUCAUUUAUGAUAUGCUUAACCUGCUUACAGAUUUGAUUUUUUUCAGGUUCAAAAUAAUGCAGAGAUGGUUUUAAAAAAUCUUACAUUAUUUUUUUUUAUUGCUGGUUCAAUGCUAAAAACCAAAUGGAUUAUAAGUGAAUUGCACUGUAAUUUGUUAAAAUUUCUUUAAACGGAUGCAAACAUUUAUUAAUUGAUAAGAUUCUUUUCAGUUUUCAGUUUCCAGUUGAGUGAUUUUUAUUCCUUUUGUGUUAUAUCUUUCUGUUUUUGUUGAAUGAAUUUUUUUCAUGACAUUUUAGUUAGCAUCCAGCUUUCAACAAUGGUGGUUUAAUACCAAAAUAUUGUUUCUUCCCUCCUCGUGAAAUUAUAUCAAUUGAUUGCAAAUUUCGGACAGGUUUGCUUCCAUUAAAAGGAUACAAAAGCUUUGCAGGGUAAACUUUCUAUGGGAGCAAGAACCAGCAGAAACAGACAGUCAAAUGAAUAACAGGAAACAACCAGAUUUCUUUAGUUCCCACAGUAUGAGUUCAGUAGCUGACCACAGUGAUCAUGAACUCCAAAGGUUUGUCGUAGAAGCCAUACCAGCACCAGUUCAGCAACUUCAUUUGUUGUUGGUUUUUUCUUGUGUGAAGUUUGAGUUUCUUAUGAUUUUUUUCUGUCUUGCUUUUUUUUAUAAAAUUUCUGUUACUUGUAUAGAAUCAUUGAUUGUAUUUAUCACUAAAUUAUAUGAAUAAGCUACAUCAAUGAGGCCAUGACAGGAUCCUUAAUAUAAAUGCAAGGAGAAUGACAUUUGAAAUUUUUUAUUUAAAGUAUAAUGUUGUAGAAGUUUUAGUUUUUGUUUUACUAAAAAACUUUUUUUUAUUAUUCCAAUUGAAUUUUAAAUGCAUUUAAUUAUGCUUUUUAAAAAAAAUAUCACUUUCUUUCCUAGUUAAGUCUAAGCUUAAUAUCAACAGACUAAUCUUAGAUUGAAAUCUCUUAAUAUAAUCCGAGGAUCAAUUUAUGCACGUUUUAAAUGUUUAAAUAUUUUUUUUUAAAAUUAUAAUAAUUCAAAUUUGAAUAAACUUAAAAAUAAGUUCACAUUUUAAACAUUAAAUUUGAUAAAUUUUGUUUUGUGUUAGGCUAUAUUUUUUUUUAAAAAUAAAGUGAAUUCUUUAUAUUUUGAAAGCAUUAAAUGCAGAUUUUAGAAAAUUUCAUCCUUGUGGAUAAUAAUCAAACAUGAAGUCUUCAAAAAAUAACAAUCACAAUACCAGUAUGUGUUCACUUUGAGUUUGAGUGAUGUCCUAAAAAUAGCAGAUUACAUUUUUGUUUUUCUCUACAUAUUUAUCUUUUUUAAACAAUUAUUUUAUUCAAUUCCUCAGCAAUCACAGUAAAAGUAAAGGGUUGUCAACUUUCAAUAUUCAAUAUUCCUUGUAGGUAUUUAAAAUUGGGUAUUUCAUGCUUGAAGCUUAUUGGGCCUUUUGCUCUCUUAUUCUUAUGCUAUCAGUAAAGAAAUGUGUCAUCGAAAGUUUCCAUUUGUUUAUCUACAUAAGUGUUUCUCUUUUAAACUCAGUUUAUUGAUAUAACAAUGUGUUUUUUUGUAAAUGCUAAUAUCCAAUAUUAAAUGAACUGAUGAGUGAAUGGCUUUGAAUGCACACUGUAAUGUCUUAAUUCUGGGAGUGGUUUCAUUUCUCGAGACAAAUGUCAGAAAAAUGUGUUCCUCAUUCAAAAGUGGCUACAAAUAUUACAGCUUCAGUACACAUUUACAGGUUGUGAGUUGCAAGGCAUGACUGUGUGUUCACACGUUUUUUCUGUGGAAGACUUAAAAAGCGCUAAAAUUAUCCUUAGUGUUUAAGGAUGCAGGUGUUUGGGGAGUUGUAGUGGGUCUGGGAGUUAGUUGGGGGAGGGUGGAGUAAGGGCAAGGGGGGGCAGAAAGAAUUCAUUUGUUAAAAACGUAUUUUACUGACUUUUUCUUUGCUGCAUUCAAAUUUCCAUAAAAUAACUCUUUUUCAUCCCCCUCCACACAAUAUCCAGAAUCAAACCAUAGGUACACUUUUAACCAACAAACACACACACACACACAUAUAUAUAUAUAUAUAUAUAUAUAUAUAUAUAUAUAUAUAUAUAUAUAUAUAUAUAUAUAUAUAUAUAUAUGCACUUUAGCUCACUUAAAGGAAUAGUGUCAUCAAGAUAAAUGAGGUUUGUGACAUUAUCCAGCCAUAGGUUUGUGACAAUAUCCAGCCAUAGGUUUGUGACUAUAUCCAGCCAUAGGUUUGUGACAAUAUCCAGUCAUAGGUUUGUGACUAUAUCCAGCCAUAGGUUUGUGACAAUAUCCAGUCAUAGGUUUGUGACAAUAUCCAGCCAUAGGUUCAUGACAAUAUCCAGCCAUAGGCUCGUGACAAUAUCCAGCUAUAGGUUCAUGACAAUAUCCAGCUAUAGGUUCAUGACAAUAUCCAGCCUUAGGUUUGUGACAAUAUCCAGCUAUAGGUUCGUGACAGUAUCCAUCCAUAAGUUCAUGACAAUAUGCAGCCAUAGGUUCAUGACAAUAUCCAGCCAUAAGUUUGUGACCAUAUCCAGCCAUAGGUUAGUGACAAUAUCCAGCCAUAGGUUUAAGGUUGCCAAAUCCUGAUAAAAAUUUAUUUAAUAUAUUUGUUUCGUAAAUCAAACAUCAAAUUUUGCUUUCCAUCCCUGUAGCACUACAGCCCACUCUUUUCUUUUCUUUUCCAUGCUUGGAUUCCCAACUGCUGUAGAUCAUUUUCAACAUCAUCCACCCAUCUAAGCCUCGGUCUACAAUUGAGCCGUUUUCCCUCUGGGUUUUGAUGGUGCACCCUCUUCACUCCUCUGUCAUUCUUUCUAAUGCCCAGCCCUCUGUCAUUCUUUCUAAUGCCCCGCCCAGCAUUGCCUGACCUUUUUGAUUUCUGCUACUGCUACUAGUGUAGGAUGCUGAUAUAGUCUAUACAGUUCCUGGUUGGUUCGUAUUCUCCAUCCGAAUUCAGCCUUAGUUGGUCUGUCAAUUUUUAGGGAGAACUUUUCUCUCAUGUGUUUAAUGUUUUCUGCCAUUUUUGUUAGGGUCCAAGUUUCACUUGCAUAUGUUACAGCUGCUGUGAUUACACUUUUAUGUGCCUGUUUUUAUUUUUAUUUCUUUGCAUUUUCUUUGUGUUUUUUUUCCAUUUUGUGUGUUUACUUUUUGUUGUGGUAUAAGCCAAGAUUAAGUAACACUUAAAAUUUGGCCAAUAUCAUGUAUUUAACUGCCUAACAGAGUUUUAUUUAUCAAGUUAUUUUUGAAACAAAGCAGUUGAUAGCAUUGUAAAUAAACAUGCUAUUGGCUGAUGAGGAGAUUUUUAAAAAAUCUAUGCCACUUAAAGAUACAUAAACAACAGAAAGAAAAUUAAUUAUACUUGAAAAUGAAAUUUAACUGCUUUUAAAACAUUAGACCAUAAGAUUUAAGUCAUAGGACAUUAGAUUGUAAGACUCAAGUCAUAGAACAUAAGACUUAAGUCAUAAAACAAACUCAAAUUAUAUGGCUUUAAUAUUUCCUGCUGUUUCAAAUAUUUAUUUGAUGCAAUUCAAGCCAUAUCUUUUGAAAGAAAACUUUUAAAAAGAAUCAAAUUCUUGAAAGAAUAUCAUAAUCUUUAUUCAAACCAGGAGAUUUGAUCUAAUUAUUUUGUAAAAUAACCAACAUUAUUUUCAUGGAUUGUUUGAAGAUGAUUACUUUUUGAAAAAAAUAUCUCUUUUAGUACUUUAACCGUUUAGACAUAACAUCUAGAUGUUUAAAAGUCUCCCUCUCUGAUUGACUUGUUUUGCUCGUUUCUUGCAGAUGAUAUUAAAAUGCUAUGUACAUAAGUUCUGCAAAGUCUCUUAAUUUUUAUUUUCAGCAUUACAAGUGAACCUUCAAUGUCAACUGUGAUAGAAGAGGAAUGCUAAUUAACUGUGCAGCAAAACAGUCUGCUUAUCUUAAUUUUCUAUCAUUUCUAUAAUUCCCAUUAAUAGAAUGCUCAAUUUUUUUAUUAUCUUAUAACUUAUAGACACCAUUGCCAAAAAAAGCUAUUCCACUAAAUGUAUCAUUGUAAUCUAAAGGCAGCUAACUUUUCAUUCUUGAUAAUAUUCUGUGAUAAAUGAUUAUUUGCCAUGAGCCUUACAUCCUUCAAAAAUACCACCAAAAAAUUUGUAAAAUAAUUCCUCAAUUUGAAAGAGGGUACUAAUCAAUUUUAACAUCAAAUUUAAUCACAGAGUCAUUUUGAUGAAGGGCAUCCCAUGAUUGUUUUGGCAAGAUAAUAUUUUUGAUAUUAUAUAAGGCAUUUGAUGUUUUACAGUAGUGAAAAUAUUUGUUUAGUUCUUGUGUAAAAUUUUAAAAUGUGUUGAAAGAAUAGAAUUGGUACAUAUUUUAAAAAUGAAAGAAAUAAAAUUGCUUUCGCUAAAUAAAAAUAAACAAAUGCAAACUAUUUCAUUAAAUAUUCACUGCUCUGUGAAUAACAAAUAAUAUUUGUGACCAAAGCUUGGAUUCAGGAAUUUGUGACUAAAAGUCUCUUAAGUGACCUCUUCAUAAGUUGUGUACGGCAAAAAAAAGUUUAUUGGAUUUGUUUAAAUUAAUUAAUUUUUAAAAAAUUAAAAGUAAGUUGCACUAUUCUACAUGUAAUUAAUUUUCUUUAAACUACCCUAGACUGUCAAAAUCUUAUUAACAUUUUUUUUUUAAUGUUUGCAAAUGUGAUAUUUCAAUAUAUUUUUAAUUUGUUAAAUAUAUUUAUUUUUGUACACAUCCAGUUCAUGUAGGGCCUAUGUGUAAAUUUGUUCAUGUACAAAGUUCCAAAACAAAUGCAACAUUUUUAUGUUGCAGAAUCUGUCAGUACCAGUAUAAAUCAUUGUUUUUUCCUAUCAUUUUUGUUAAAAUAUCUGCUUCAGCCUUGUUAAACCCUUUUCAGUUUUAAAAUUACCAAAGUAGCCAUGGAUUUAAAAGUGCUUUGGAAAUUCUCGGAAAAACAUUUUACAAAGUCAUGCUCAAUCUGCAAUUACCUUACUUGCAUAUAUUCAGUGCAAAAACAAAUUAUGUAAAUUUUUGCUAGAUGCGGAUAAAAAUUUACAUUUGAUGUAAAUUAAAAAUAUUAAUAAUUCACUUUAAGAUUCCACACCCCCCCCCCACUCUUCGGUUUUAUGUUUGCUAUUUAUAAAUAGCUAUUUUACACCCAUUCUUGUUCUUGUCUUUACGUAUAUAUUUACAAUGUGAGCCCUAUUGGGCAAACUGUUGACUCUAUACACUUUUUUUAUGUCUCAUUUGCAUAUAUUUAUUUUACAUAUUUUUUACAGUUUUUUAAAAAUUAUUCCUUUUGUGCACUGAUAUAUACUACUAUACACCUUUUUCUAUAUUUUGAGGGCCCACGAUCAAUGUAUUGAUCAUUCUGACUACUAUUAAAACUUAUUAAGACUCUAAUGCCUUAUUUUGCUGAGAUUGAAAUAAUCAAAUAGUUGUUUGGACCAUUUAUUAACACUAGCUACAGGCUUUAACAUUUUACUUUUGUAACAUUUACAUGCUAAUGGAAUAAAGUAUUCCUUUGAGAGAAAGCAAAGGUGGUGAUCUCCCCCUAUACCCAUUAAAGUUUAACACAGAACUCAAUAGAUACAAUUCAUUAUUCUAGCCACAUAUUUUUUAUAGACUUUGCAUACUUAAGCAGAUAUAACAGUAAGUAAGUUUUAUGUCGUUUCUGUAAAUUUAAUAUAAAUUAAAAGCAAGUAUACUUACUUGUCCUCAAGGAGAACUUAUUCCUAUUUUAAUGAGUUUAAAUUUGUUUUUUUUUUUACAAGAAAAGCUCAGGUGUUUUUGGACAGAUUUAUUUCUAAUUAAACAUUUGUUAACAUUUAAAUAUGAAUGUUCACUGUAGAUGUCAUGUUGCUAGCAGAAGGAAAUUAAAACAACGCUAU